AAUCCUGCGUGGCAAGCAUCGUCGCCUUCCACGCGUCAAAACAAACUAGAGCAAAAGAAUAAUUAAAGUCUACAUAAAUCACAGGCCGGAAAAUUAAAUCACACACAAAAAGAACCAAUCAAUAGAAUCAUUUGACAGCUAAUAAAGAAAAAAUUUUCAAAACCCUAACUUUUGAAUUUCCACUUAUUCUUGUUUUUUAGAGCUCAAUUUGGUACAGUUCGGUUGCAGAAAGUCGAGAUCCGCACCCAAAAAACUCCGCUUAUGUCUGCUUUUGUUGGUGAGGCUGGAAGCACUGUGUUUUGACAAAAGAAAAGAUUAAAUCUUGUGGGGGGUAGUGCGUGAAUUAUCAGUUCUGAUGUUUUAUUUUCAAUCACUGAAUCAAAAACCCUUGAAUUUUUCAUCGAGGCCACCUUUUUUGUAUUCCAUCCCAUCCAUUUUUCUUCCUUCUGAUGUUGUUUUCUUUAUAUGUUGCUUUAAUUGCCUCAGAUUUCGCCUAAAAAUUUGAUGUUUAUUGUCUAUUUUUGCUUUCUGCUGAGCUCGGGUUUUUCAAAAUAAGCCUCGAAUUUUGAAUUUGAGGGUGAAAAGGUGGUGGGUUUUCGUUGGUGAAGUGAAAAGUGAAAAGUUGAUCGCAAUGGCGGAUAAAUAUAGGUUGGUUUCGAUAGAUGAAUUGCCCUCGCAUCUGAUUUUGGAGAUAUUGAUGACAGGCAGGCUUAGUGCUACUGACCUUCUCUGUUUAGAGUUAACUUCUAAGACUUUUGGAGGGAGCCAUGGGUUGUACCCUCACAAAUUCAAGUCAUUGGUAGAUUUCGCAGCAUUUCAGCUCUGUGCAUCCCAUUCUGUAUACACUGGAAUGCUCUGGAAUGCUCAGAAAGAGUUGCUUGACCGUUGUGGUGGAAAUUGGAAGCGGGUUUUGAGGUUCUUACUGGCUGUGGAGGAGUCAUCUGGCAUGGUCGAGACUUCAGCAGGCAAUCAGAUGCAGAUUACUACUGGAAGGUACCAUACAUUGCUGAUCAGCAAUUCCUCUGUGUAUUCUUGUGGUUCCAGUUUGUGUGGUGUUCUUGGACAUGGUCCUGAAACAACACAAUGUGUAUCAUUCAGUCGAAUCACUUUCCCUUCCUUGGCUCGUGUGGUUCAAGUCUCAGCCUCCCACAAUCAUGCUGCUUAUAUUUUGGAGUCUGGAGAGGUUUUCACAUGUGGAGAUAAUUCAUCAUUUUGUUGUGGUCACCAAGAUACAAGCCGUCCCAUAUUCAGGCCUAGGUUUGUUGAGGCGUUAAAGGGAGUUCCUUGCAAGCAGGUUGCUGCGGGGCUUAACUUCACUGUAUUCCUCACAAGAACAGGCCAUGUCUACAGUUGUGGUACCAACACACAUGGGCAACUUGGUCAUGGUGAUACACUGGACAGACCAACACCUAAGAUCAUUGAAUCAUUUGAGGGAAUUGGUUCUGUUGCCCAAAUAGCAGCUGGUCCCAGUUAUGUCUUAGCUGUAACUGACAGUGGGGUAGUUUACUCAUUUGGUUCUGGUUCUAAUUUCUGUCUUGGCCAUGGAGAGCAGCAUAAUGAGUUCCAUCCUCGUGCUAUCCAGACUUUCAGAAGGAAGAACCUUCAUGUGGUUCGUGUGUCUGCUGGGGAUGAACAUGUGGUGGCCCUUGAUUCCAGUGGAUUUGUGUAUACUUGGGGAAAAGGUUACUGCGGUGCAUUAGGUCAUGGAGAUGAGAUCGAUAAGACUCUUCCGGAACCCUUGAACAGUCUUAAGAGCCACCUGGCUGUGCAGGUUUGUGCAAGAAAAAGAAAAACAUUUGUUUUGGUUGAUGGCGGCUGUGUUUUUGGCUUUGGUUGGAUGGGGUUUGGUAGCCUUGGCUUUCCAGAUAGAGGAGUUUCAGAUAAAGUGAUGAGACCCCGAAUCCUCGAUAGUUUAAGGGCACACCGUGUUUCUCAGAUCAGCACGGGCCUAUAUCACACUGUUGCAGUGACAAGCCAGGGGCAGGUAUUUGGAUUUGGAGAUAAUGAAAGGGCACAACUUGGGCAUGAUACAUUGAGAGGAUGCCUUGAACCAACUGAAAUUUUUCUUCAAGAAUUUGGACAUGAUACAGGUAUUACUUCUGAAAGUGAAUGUCUGUCAAGUGUUUAGAAGCUCUUAGUUACAUGGUGCUAGUUUUUAUUAUUUUGUUUAAGCGAACUGCAGUAGGUUUUCUUUUCUUAUUAUGGAUAACUUCAGUAGAGAAUUUCAUAAGAAUGUAAUUAUGACUACAAGAUCAAGUCUAUAUUUUAUCUAGACACAGAGACUAUACCACGAGUAGACACAUUGUUUUUUC